GCAACAUUCAACUCGUAGGCUAAGGUUGUAAUAGGUGCGGGAGUAAACAGGGCCCAACGUAUCUUUUACCUGCCCUUGUUUCAUCAACUCAUCAAGGUGGACCAAGCAUAGGGUUGAGUUAGUAAAUUACAGAAAUACCCUUCUGCCCUUUUCCUUUGUCCUUCCCCGCCGUUUUCUUCUCUGUCAUUUACACCGCCACAAAAAAGAAAUGAAAUACAAGACCCUGAGACAGCAUCUCUGAUGCGACCACUGCAAAUCCCCAGAAAGCCCUUCCAACAUCUAAACACUCAUCUCUCGAUCUCAACCGUUCAUCUCUCAACGUUCCUACAGAAUCGAUCAAACUCAGUGAGCUUCGAGCAAUGUUACCGAGAUCUCUGCAGCCUUCUCCAGGCCCUUACAUUUUCCAGAUCGCUCACCAAUGGCCAGCAACUCCAUGCGCACGUUAUCAAAACCGGCGUACGGAACAUCGCCCUCCUUUCCAACUACCUCAUCAAUUUCUAUUCAAAAUGCCAACGCCCUUUCGAUUCCCGCCAGGUGUUCGACGAAAUUCCUUACAAGAAACCCACCUCCUGGAGUUCCGUCAUCUCCUCCUUCGCCCAGAACGAACUCCCCGAUCUCUCCCUCGAAUUCUUCCGUCGAAUGCUCGAGGCCGGGAUCAGGCCAGACGACCACAUUUUCCCUAGCGCAACAAAAUCUUGCGCAAUCCUGUCGAGCACUUUGUGCGGCCGAUCGAUACAUUCCCUAGCAUUGAAGACCGGGUUCGAUUUGGAUGUCUUUGUCGGCAGUUCGUUGGUUGAUAUGUAUGCAAAAUGUGGGGAAAUUCGGGAUGCUCGGCAGAUGUUCGAUGAAAUGCCUGAGAGGAAUGUGGUUUCUUGGAGCGGAAUGAUAUAUGGAUAUGCUCAGUUCGGCGAAGAUGAGGAGGCUCUGAGGCUGUUUAAACGGGCUUUGGCUGCUGAUUUGGCUGUUAACGAUUUUACUUACUCGAGUGUGAUUCGGGUCUGUGGUCAUUCCACGCUUCUCGAAUUGGGUUCUCAGGUGCAUUGUCUUUGCUUGAAGACGAGCUUCAAUUCAUCAAGCUUCGUGGGUAGUUCUUUGAUUUCUUUGUAUUCAAAGUGCGGCAUUGUUGAGGAAGCUUAUCGCGUGUUCGAUCAAAUGCCUGACAGAAAUCUUGGCGCAUGGAAUUCGAUGCUGAUUGCAUGUGCCCAACAUGGCCACACACAGAAAGCGUUCAAAAUUUUUGGCCAGAUGGAGAUGGUUGGAAUUCGGCCAAAUUUCAUUACUUUUUUGUGCAUGCUCUCCACCUGUAGCCACGCGGGGCUUGUCGAGAAGGGCGAAAUCUAUUUCAGGCUGAUGAGUGAACAUGGGAUUGAGCCAGGGGCUCAGCACUAUGCAUGUAUGGUGGAUUUGCUUGGCCGUGCCGGCAAAUUGCCCGAUGCAGUCACAUUUAUUGAAAAGAUGCCAAUUGAGCCGACGGAAUCUAUUUGGGGCGCAUUGUUGACUGGAUCCCGUAUCCAUGGGGAUACAGAGACAGCGGCAUUUGCGGCCGACAAACUUUUCGAAUCAGGCUCCAUGAGCUCCGGUGCACAUGUGUUGUUAUCGAAUGCCUAUGCAGCUGUAGGAAGAUGGGCCGAUGCUGCAAGGGCAAGGAAGAUGAUGAGGGACCGGGGUGUGAAGAAGGAGACUGGUUUGAGUUGGGUUGAGGAGGGCAAUAGGGUCCACACAUUUGCCUCUGGGGACCGGUCACACCCAGUGACUGAAGAGAUUUAUAGAAAAUUAGCAGAGUUGGAGAAGGAGAUGGAGCGGGCAGGCUACAUUGCUGACACAAGUUUUGUUUUGCAUGAUUUGGAUAGCGAAGAAAAGAAGCAGGCCAUCCGGUAUCACAGUGAGAGAUUAGCUAUUGCAUUUGGGCUGAUUAGCUUCCCACCUGAUCGGCUUAUACGGGUGAUGAAGAACUUACGGAUAUGCGGGGACUGUCACACGGCAAUCAAAUUUGUGUCCAAGUGCACAGCAAGGACUGUUAUCUUGAGGGAUAACAAUCGAUUCCAUCGAUUUGAGGGUGGGAUGUGCUCUUGCGGCGAUUAUUGGUAAUGGGCAUUAUACAAAUUGAGUUACCUUAAUACAUUUUUAUUUAUUUAAGAGAAGCAAAAUAGCAAUUUUGGAAUCAAACAGUGUUCUUGAAAAACCAAAUGUUUGACACCAA